UUCAGUUUCUGGAUUUUCAAUUCACAACUCUCUCUUUCUCUCUCUCUUCUCUCAUCUUUCUCUUUCUACAGAGCUCUCCGAUUUGACUCACUGAGUUUGUUCUCUCUUUGUUGAGGUAAAGUUUACUCACCGUCUCUGUAAUGGCUUUAAGUUCGUAGCUCAAUCGGUUUCUCUUUUACUUCUUGCUUUGAGCUUGUCUUCCUGGAUCUGAAGCUUUUUUUGUUGUUGUUGUUGUGUUUGAGCUUGAGUUAAUGUUAUCAGAGAGUUGGAUCUAGUUUGAAAUCUGUAUUUUGGGUCUGCUCUUAUGUGUUUCUGCUUGUUUUGAUUCAUUUCGGAGCCUUGAAAUUGGUUGUUUUGAGUCCAUGAAGAACCCGAAAAGUUCUUGUUUUCCUUCUAAAGUUGUAUUCUUUGCUUCGUUAGUUUUUUUCAUUCAUGUUGUUUUGGCUGCUGAUUAUGUUCCAACCGAGCAACUUCUUAUAAAUUGUGGAGAGUCUUCAAUGCAAAGUGAUGAUGAUAACAGGAGUUGGACUCCGGAUUUGGGGUCUAAGUUCUUGUUAUCAAGCAAGUCCAGGACUGCGAAAGCGGCCACUCAAGACGCUGCAACCCCUGAAAUUCCUUACAUGACAGCUAGGAUUUCGCCGUCUAACUUUACCUAUAGUUUUCCUGUUGUGUCUGGGCGAAAAUUUGUGCGUCUUUAUUUCUAUCCCAACUCAUACAACGGGUUUAAUGCAAGUAAUGCUCUCUUUUCUGUCACAACCGGAGGGUACACUCUUCUUAAUAAUUUCAGUGUUGCUCAGACGGCUGAAGCUUUGAAUUAUGCUUAUAUUAUUAAGGAGUAUUCGGUGAAUGUAGAUGGAGAAAGUUUAAAUAUAACUUUUAGUCCUUCUACUAAUGGUUCGAAUUCGUUUGCGUUUGUGAAUGGGAUUGAGGUGAUGUCAAUGCCUGAUAUUUAUAGUUCUUAUGAUGGAACUUUGAGUAUUGUGGGUACGAAUUCUCCGUUCUACAUUGAUAAUACUACUGCACUUGAGAAUGUUUACCGGUUGAAUGUGGGUGGAAAUGAUAUCUCGCCUUCUGAUGAUACGGGUCUGUUUAGGUCUUGGUAUGAUGACCAGCCUUAUCUCUAUGGAGCAGGGUAUGGGGUGACAAUUUCUGCCAAUCAGAAUGUGACUGUGAAGUAUCCCGCCGACAUGCCCACUUAUGUUGCACCUCUUAAUGUAUAUUCCACUGCUAGGUCGAUGGGGCCAAAUUCUACAAUCAACCGGAAUUACAAUUUGACCUGGAUUUUCAGUGUUGACUCAGGAUUUAGUUACCUGGUUAGGCUUCAUUUUUGUGAGCUUUCUUCAGACAUAACGGAAAUUAAUCAGAGAAACUUCAAAAUUUUCCUUGGUAAUCAAACUGCUGCAAAUGAGGCUGAUGUGAUUGCCUGGACAGACAAUAAGGGUAACGGAAUUCCAGUAUAUAAGGAUUAUGUGAUGUUCGUUCCAGGUGAUGGCCGACAGCAGGAUCUAUGGCUUGCGCUGCAUCCAAAUGUGAAAUCGGGAUCGAAUUAUUAUGAUUCGAUCUUAAAUGGAGCCGAGAUAUUCAAACUAAGUGCAAAUGGUAAUCUUGCCGGGCCCAAUCCAAUCCCUGCUCCCGAACAGGAUGAAAUCGACCCAUCUAAGGCUCCACCUUCGCAUGGCUCAGGAACGAAAAAUCACAAAGCAAUAAUUGGUGGUAGUGUUGCUGGAGGAAUUGUUCUAGUCCUUGCUAUUGGUGUUUGUGUUCUUUUUGCCUCUCGUCGGAGUAGGCGUGGGAAGGACCCGAGUGCAAGUGAUGGGCCAUCAGGGUGGCUUCCUCUUUCACUAUAUGGAAAUUCUCACUCCGCUGGUUCAGCCAAGACAAACACUACUGGAAGUUAUGCGUCUUCUCUUCCUUCAAACCUUUGCCGCCACUUUUCGUUUGCUGAGAUCAAAGCAGCUACAAACAACUUUGAUGAGGCUCUACUUCUUGGGGUUGGGGGUUUUGGCAAAGUCUAUAGAGGAGAAAUUGAUGGUAGUACAACUAAAGUUGCAAUCAAGCGUGGUAACCCACUUUCUGAGCAAGGUGUGCAUGAAUUCCAGACUGAGAUUGAAAUGCUCUCAAAACUUCGACACCGCCACCUUGUGUCAUUGAUUGGUUACUGUGAGGAGAACUGUGAAAUGAUCCUUGUCUAUGAUUAUAUGGCUUACGGAACGCUGCGUGAGCAUCUUUACAAAACCCAGAAACCCCCUCUGCCGUGGAAGCAAAGGCUUGAGAUAUGCAUUGGCGCCGCUCGAGGUUUACACUAUCUCCAUACUGGUGCGAAACACACUAUUAUUCACAGAGAUGUUAAGACUACCAAUAUUCUUUUGGAUGAGAAGUGGGUGGCAAAGGUUUCCGAUUUUGGUUUGUCAAAAACUGGCCCUACAUUGGAUCACACUCAUGUCAGCACUGUUGUGAAGGGUAGCUUUGGCUACUUGGAUCCUGAGUACUUCAGGCGCCAGCAACUGACGGAGAAAUCUGAUGUUUAUUCAUUUGGGGUUGUGCUCUUUGAAAUCCUGUGCGCUCGACCAGCCUUGAACCCGACACUGCCAAAGGAGCAAGUGAGUUUGGCAGAGUGGGCUGCUCAUUGCCAUAAGAAAGGCAUUCUUGAUCAAAUUGUUGAUCCAUAUCUAAAGGGGAAGAUUGCACCAGAAUGCUUCAAAAAGGUUGCCGAGACUGCAAUGAAGUGUGUUUCUGAUCAGGGCAUUGAAAGACCAUCAAUGGGUGAUGUGCUGUGGAACUUAGAGUUUGCUUUGCAGCUACAAGAGAGUGCAGAGGAGAGUGGCAAGGGUAUUGGUGGAAUGGACAUUGAGGAGGGGGCAUUUGAUGUUGCUUGCAAAGGAAAGAAAGACCUCAACGCAUCUCCAGGUUUUGAUGGUAAUGUUACGGAUUCCAGGAGCAGUGGUAUGAGCAUGAGCAUAGGUGGUCGGAGCUUAGCCAGUGAAGACUCUGAUGGCUUGACACCAAGUGCAGUUUUCUCACAGAUCAUGAACCCAAAAGGGCGUUGAGAUAAAAACAUCAUUUCAUUGCCCCCUCUCCCAGAAACUGGUAAUGCAAUAUGCUUUCUGAUUCUGCAUCGCUGUAUCCGUUUGGUUUACUUUCGUUAAUUCAUUUACUUACUAAUAAUGAUUUUUCUUUUACAAUUUAGUCAUGAUCGAUAUGUUUUGAUCAAGUCCCAAUUUGUAUCUAUAGUUGAAUGAAGAGUGUAAAAGUAAUUUGUUUCACAUUUAUAUCCCUUCAAUGAGAACAUGUAUUUUGGUAUUUAUAUCUA